AUGGCUGGCCUGUCAACAGCCAUUGACUGGCACAUCCGGGCAACCGGCGAUGGAGUCGCCGGUGCCGUUGCCUUCUUCUGCGUACUGGUGUGCCUCGACGGCUGGGAGCAGACGCUGGCGCCGAUUCCGGACAACUGCAGCAUCCUACAGCCGCCCUCGUACCAGGACACGGACCCACAUCAACACUGCGUCCCAGCGCGAGCAAGGCGCGAGGCAGGCAAGCAAGCUCAGACCCGAUCGCAGACGAAGGCGCACAAGAAGCAGAGGGCGGAGACGCACGCAACGGGCAGGAAGGAGGAGAAGAAUGACAAGGAGAAGAAGAAGGACACGAAGAAGAAGAAGAAGAAGAACACGAAGAAGAAGGAUACCGCAAGUGUGGACGGCGGGGACGAAGACCGCUCGUUCUUCUGGCACGCGGAUACAGCUAAAGUUAUACCAGAGUCGUGCCCCAUGGGGUCUGACACGAUGAACCUUUGUUGA